CUUUAUACAAUGUCUGCGAAGACUCCAUCCACAAACACUGACCCGCAGAUUGCCAUCAUUGGUGCAGGAGUCGGUGGUCUAGCCUUUGCGAUAGCCUUGAAGAGGCAGUGGGGUUUCAAAGACUUCAUUAUUUUUGAAAGGACAGAUGACAUCGGUGGUACAUGGAGGGAAAACACUUAUCCGGGUUGCGGGUCGGAUAUUGCCAUCCAUUGGUAUUCUCUCUCCACAGAUCUCAAGCCGGACUGGACUCGCGCGUAUGCAGGCCAGCCUGAAAUCCAAAGCUACUGGCAAGAUUUGACAUCAAAGUACGAUCUCCGUCCUUCCAUUCGCUUCAAUACCAACGUGAACUCUGCUACAUGGAACGUGGAUGAGAAACUGUGGGAGAUUAACACAGAAGAUCGCAAGACGGGUGUGAAGACUCACAUCAGGACCAAGAUACUGGUAUCUGCGAUCGGCAUCUUGGCUGAGCCGAAUACGCCGAAGUUUGGAGGUGUUGGGCUGGAAGGGUUCAAGGGAGUGAGCUUCCAUUCCGCGAGGUGGGAUCAUAGCCUCGUUCUGAGCGGGAAGAGGGUGGCUGUUAUUGGGAAUGGAUGCUCCGCAACUCAAUUUGUGCCCAUCAUCUCUGCAGAUCCUACGGUCAAUGUAGUCCAUUUCUGUCGUACGCCGAUGUGGUAUAUCCCACUACCGCAGACAAUUUAUUCGAGCUUCACUAUCUGGUUAUUUCGAUACGUGCCGUUCGUUGCGCGCUUGUACCGUCUGUACACGGCUGUUAAGGAAGAUACUCGUUUCAUAGCUUUUCGCGGCGAGAAGUCGUUCCUCAGUAGAGUUUUAGCCAAGACUCUAAGGUCGUAUAUUACCAAUCGCGCACCUGCAGAGUAUGUGGACAAAUUGAUUCCAAACUACCCCCCUGGAUGCCGAAGGCUUAUUCCUGGUACAGACUACCUCGGAGCGUUACAUCGGCCGAAUCUCACCCAAAAUUGGGACAAAAUCGAGGGAAUUGCGGAAGACGGGAUCGUCACAAGCCAGGGACACCUUCCAUUUGACGUGAUCAUCACGGCUACUGGUUUCGUUACGGACAAGUAUCCCGUUCAUAUUCGAGGAAGGUCAGGUCAGACAGUGGAUGAAUUUUAUGACGGUCAAGGCGGCCCCACGGCCUACCUUGGUACCACGCUGCCCGGGUUUCCAAACUUUAUCACCGUUUCCGGUCCUAACACGGUGACUGGCCACGCAUCAGUGAUAUUCACAGACGAGGUUCAGAUCAACUACGCCUUGAAGCUUCUCAAACCCGUCGCCUCCUCCCUCCUCACUAGCGUAGAACCCACCGUCGCAGCGUUGAACAAGUACAAUGACUGGAUCAGUCGCCGUCUUCGAAAUUCUGUUUGGACACAAUGUGUCUCUUGGUAUCGAGCAGGAUCGCAAGGCAAGAUUUUUAGCACAUUCCCAGGGCCAGUGGUACUCCUGUGGUGGUUCAUGCGGAAAGUCAACUGGGCCGAUUUUGAGGUGAUUCCCGUUGAAGGGAAAGCCCAAGCAUGGGAGAGGAGCAAGAGGAUGGGCCGGAGUGUGACGAUGCUUACCGUUCUGGGAGUUCUCCUUGUUGGCGGACUGGUAUGGGGUCGACAAAAUGGCUUGGAAGUGAACGUACCCGUUACAUUUGAUAAGUAUUGGGCUGCAGCCCGCGCUCUUAUAGUCUAAAGGAAAGCCCAACAUCGAGCACCCAUGUAUUUGUCCUGGCUAGUUCUCGUUAUGCAUUGAGUGUACAGUAUACGAGUUUCUUUGCACAUUAUGUACUCGCGAAAUGAAAUGCGUCUGUUUAUCCAGAG